AGCCUGAUGGAGAAAUCAAAGGUCAAGACAGAGUCGCUUUGGUAUCCCUUUUCACAUAUUGAUAAUUCCCAUGAUAUCAUCACUUUGCGAGAGUUGAAUGGUGUCUCUCCAGCAUCCACCCCUAUUUCCACUCCCUCUAGUACAAGUGAUUCAACCAAGAGUAGGAGUGAUUUCCUUAAGAAUCUCUUAAGGAAGAGUUCCUCAACAGGCCCGUCAUGUGCAUUGAAGAAAUCUAAAGAAGCCAGCACAAGGAAUGACACUAGUCGUAACACUACAAAAUCUAGAGACGCCCCUUUGGUGGAUAUCUCGGAUGCAAACUCUUUGACUGAGCACAGGUCCAAUAUAACUAAUCAAAAUGGCAAUUUUACUGGUGAACCGUUGAAACUUUCAAGCAAUGUAGAGCAUAAACAUAAAACUAAGCCAAUUAUCCAUUCAGAGGAGGAAGAGAUUGCAUUCUUGCGUUCACUUGGGUGGGAGAAAAAUAGUGAAGAAGAUUAUGAUGAUGGAGGCCUUACUCUAGAGGAGGUACUAGACUUCUAUGACAAGCAUGCGAAAAAUUGCAGCUAUGAUCAAAUAUUCUCCAAACUAUGCAUCAAAACAUGAUUGCAUUGCCACUUGACUUAGAUACUAGGGGAUGCGAUGGAGCAGAAUCGGGCGGGCCUGAGAUCAUAUUUAGAAUUGUUUUUAGAUCAAAGAGUUAUAUUUGUUCUCCAAUUCUUACUGAUAUUUGCUAAAGAGCCACAGUUUCAAGUCAAGUUAGACCGUAGAGGUUGCUUCCAAUCUUUAUUGUCAUAAGAUAAGAUAAAGAACAAAGAAAAAUAGUUUUGAUAAUUUCCUUACCUUUAUCUGUUCAUCUUUGUUUUUGUUGUGGCAAUUCACUUAUUGGUAUCGUAUCAGUAAG